GGAAUCUUCAGCCCAAGAAGGAACAUCUCCACAGAUCCUGGAGAAAUCUGAAGAAGUAGAAAGGUUGGGGAGAUGGCAAGUCAUUCUCAUAAGAAGACUUGGGAUGAAGAAAUAGCAGAUCUAUUUCGUGGUACUGAAGGAGAAUGUUCUCUUCGUUUGCACAUAUAAUAAGUAUUUAAUGCAUAUCCCUAUUCCUUCCAUAAAUCAAGAAGCAACCGCGUUGAAAGAACAUGAUCCUCGAUUGUUUAAAUUAUGGGAUAUUCAUCAGAAAUACUUAUUUUUGGUGAACAACGUGUUAGUGGCAGAUGUGAAAUCGUCUAAUUCACCAGAGCAGUUAAUGGCCGUGCUUCCUAAUAGAUCUCUAGAUAAACCACAACAACCCAUAUUUAUGGGCCCUGAAAAUAAGAACAGCUGCUUGUCUUGUGUGAAGUCUGGGAAUGGUCAAUAUCAGCUAGAGUUAAAAGAGAAAGCUAUUAAGGAACUUUAUUGGGAUUCAAAAAAUGCCAAAGCUUUCACUUUUUAUAGUAAGAGUGAUGGCAACGGUGAUACCUGCUCCUUUGAAUCUGCAGAGUUCCCGGGUUGGUUCCUCAGCACUUCUUCAGAAGCAAAAAAGCCUCUUGGUUUGAGUCAAAAAGGAGGACCUCAGAACGUCCUGUUUUAUUUUGAAAGAAAAUCAUGAGCCAGAAAUACUCUUCUGCAUCUAUGUUUAUAAUAGACCUUGCAUAUACAAAUUGGAAUGGAGCCAGAAUGCACAGUUAGGCCGAUGAGUAGACUUAGAUAGUAUUCUUCCUGCAAUCAAAAAACUUCGGAGAACUAUGUCCUAUUUUGGGGGAAGGUACAAUACAGGUUCAUGGAUGAUAUGGACUUGAUUGUAUGGUCUUUAUUUCUGUAGAAUAAUAUUGUUAACAUCCAGCUUGUGGAUCCAAAUAAAAAUCCAGGUUGAUUCCGUUUCCCAAA